GGCAAGGCAUAGGCCCCGCCCAACUCUCUUCUUCCUCCCCCGAAUUCCCAUUCCCAAUUCGCCCUUCUCAAAUCCGGCGCUCGCAUUCCCGACCCCCUCCCGCCCGCGCAGAUCUGGGAUCCGCCGCCGCCGCCGCCGCCGGAUCCCCCGCCGCCCAGCGGGGACUCGCGUGAUCCCGCCGCCGCACCCCCAGCCGCCAAGUUGGCGCCCCAGCGGAGGUCGCAGCGCCUCGCCGGCGGCGGCGCGGGCUCCGCCGCCGCCGCCGCGGGGGCUCAGCCCGGAGCCUCGGGCGCGCAGGCCGCGAUGGGCGGGGACUCGGGCGACGCAGUCACGGCGCGCUGGCUGCAGUCCGCGGGGCUGCAGCACCUCGCCGCGGCCUCCUCCGCCGCUGGCGCUGGCGGCGCCGCCGACUACCGCGCUGGGAUGCCUGCUGGGCUUGGUGGCGCUGGCGCGGGGAGCAUGCUGUCCAGCCUGCUCAUGCAGGGCUAUGGGCCAGAAUCGAUUGAGGAAAAGCAGAGGCUUUAUACGCUUCUAAGAGGUCUAAAUUUUAACGGAGAGUCUGUACCCACAUCAAUGUCUGAGCCUUACACACCAACGGCUCAGAGCUUUGGUGGUGGGAACCCUGUGGAGGGCUUUUAUUCACCCGAACUUAGAGGGGAACUUGGUGCUGGACUUCUAGACCUUCAUGCUAUGGAUGAUACUGAGCUUCUGUCUGAGGAUGUAGCGUCGGAACCAUUUGAGCCAUCACCUUUUGUCCCAAAGGAUAUUGAUGAUGAUGAUGAGGAUGUGAUAUCAGGGAGUCAACAAGUCCCAGUAGAUAAUUAUGGUGUGGUGACCAGUGAAAAAGAGAGCACUUCUCGAGAAAAUAAUGUAGCAAAGAUUAAAGUAGUGGUAAGGAAAAGACCUUUGAACAGAAAGGAGCUAUCUCGAAAGGAAGAAGACAUUAUAACUGUGCAUGAUUCAUCAUGUUUGACAGUCUACGAGCCUAAGCUGAAGGUGGAUCUGACAGCCUAUGUGGAGCAGCAUGAAUUUUGUUUUGAUGCUGUUCUGGACGAACAUGUCUCCAAUGAUGAGGUUUACCGUGAAACAGUUGAGCCCAUAAUUCCAAUUAUAUUUCAGAGAACAAAAGCAACAUGUUUUGCUUAUGGCCAAACAGGCAGUGGCAAGACAUACACCAUGCAACCUUUGCCUCUCAGAGCUGCACAAGACAUGGUUCGUCUAUUGCACCAACCUGUCUAUCGGAAUCAGAAUUUUAAGUUGUGGCUUAGCUAUUUCGAAAUAUAUGGUGGGAAACUCUUUGAUCUUCUAUCUGACAGAAGGCAAUUACUGAUGAGGGAAGAUGGCAAGAAACAAGUUUGCAUUGUUGGUCUACAGGAAUUUGAGGUUUCUGAUGUUCAAAUUGUCAAGGAAUAUAUUGAAAGAGGGAAUGCAGCCAGGAGCACAGGGUCAACAGGGGCCAAUGAGGAAUCAUCAAGGUCACAUGCUAUUCUGCAACUGGCUGUGAAGAAGCAUAUAAUUGUAAAAGAUACCAGGAGACAGAGAGAUCGUGAUGCUAAUGAAGCUAAGAAUACAAAGGCUGUGGGGAAAAUAUCAUUUAUUGAUCUUGCUGGAAGCGAGCGUGGUGCUGAUACUACUGAUAAUGAUAGACAGACAAGGAUUGAGGGAGCAGAGAUAAAUAAAAGUCUGUUAGCUCUCAAGGAAUGCAUUCGAGCUCUUGAUAAUGAUCAGAUACACAUUCCUUUCAGAGGAAGCAAGCUUACAGAGGUUCUUCGUGACUCAUUUGUUGGUAACUCUAGGACGGUGAUGAUUUCUUGCAUUUCUCCAAAUGCAGGCUCAUGUGAACACACACUAAAUACCUUGAGAUACGCUGAUAGGGUCAAAAGUCUUUCCAAGGGUGGAAACACAAGAAAAGAGCAAUCUACAGUACCAACCACCACUUCUAGCCGGGAGUCUUCGUCGGCUCCAUCAUAUCCACUGCCUGCUGAAGCUGAAGAAAUUCCUAACCAGAUUCAAGAGAAGAGACCAGUUGAUACUUUCCGGAAAGGCACUGAAAAUUUUAUCUCCAACCCUUCUGCGGAGCCUGACAGAAAUUCCUUUAGUAUGAUUCCAAGUUAUUCUAAUAGAGGGAGAGAAGAAAACGGCGCAGCAUCUGGUAGUGACAGGGAGAGGUAUGAUUUGAAGUCCACACAAACUGCUUACACUAGUAAGGCACAGUUGGUUCAGAAUUCAGCAAGCACACAGGAGGAGGAGAAAGUCACAAAAGUCUCACCUCCUCGGAGAAAGGCUUAUAGAGAAGAGAAAUCUGAUAGGCAGAGCAAUUACAUGAAAAAGGAUAAUGGUCCUGAGACAGGUCGGGCUGGGUAUAAGGUGCAGCAGGCAAAGCAGCUGCAACAGCAGCAAAGGCCAGCAUCUGCUUCAGCUUCAUCAAGGCAAUCUGAAAAGGAAAGUUCUUGUGAUGAUGUAGAAAUUGAUGCAAUUCUUGAGGAAGAGGAGGCCCUCAUUGCAGCUCACAGGAAGGAGAUUGAGAAUACUAUGGAGAUUGUACGGGAAGAGAUGAACCUUUUGGCAGAAGUUGAUCAACCAGGUAGCCUGAUUGACAACUAUGUGACCCAACUGAGCUUUUUGCUGUCACGCAAGGCUGCAGGCUUGGUCAGCCUCCAAGCACGCUUGGCACGGUUCCAGCACCGCCUCAAAGAGCAAGAGAUCCUUAGCCGCAAGAAACCUUCCAGAUAGUAUGAUCAGUGAUGGCUCUGGCCUUUUGCCUGGUAAUCUGAUUGCUACAGCUCAGUUGUGGUCCAUCAGUUGUUUUUUUUACCUGUGCUCCAGCAGUAAAUGCUAGCCCCAAGCAACGCAGUGAUAGAAGACACAUGGGAGUGUCUUGGGGGCGGUUUUGAUGGCCGUGGACAAUUUGGGUUUGUCAGGGUUGGUAACCAGUUUGGUAAUAGUCCUUUUUACAGUGGGGCUGCUUGGGUGUGGUUUUUUUUUUUUGGCGGAUGUAUGGCUUGCCCACUUUGUCUUUCUUUUUCCCCAUUUUGUACGAGGAGAAAUUGGAACUGUUGUUUGCAGAUAUCAGUGGGUCUGAUUUUCGCCGUGGGGUCUUUUGUGGAAACAGAUACAUUGUUGUUGUAUAUUCAUUACUGAUAUUAUUUGCAUUGAGGAAGGAAAGGAUGUGUGAAUGCUGAAGCA